AUGAAGGUAAUGUUGUUGAAGGAGGAGGAAAGGAAGCGUAGGUUGAGGAAGAGGGCCAUGAUGUUUCAAGGAACCCUCUUCUCGAUAGAGAUGAGCGAAGAACCACGAUCAUGGGACAGAAUCAAAACAAAUCGCUUGAACAUUGUUGACAAGCAUGUGAACUGCGAUGAGUUGGUUCGACGAUUGACUUGCAAUGAAGUGUUUACAGUCAACGAGGAGAAAACGAUCCUAAAAAUAAAAGAUCCUACUGAGCGGAAUGAUGAAUUCUUCCACACCCUCUAUUCCAAGAACCCACAAACGGCUGUUGAUGUCUUCUUUCAGGCACUCAUUGACAUGCAAAGGCAGGACGUCGUGGACUUCUUGCAAGAUUUGAAAGCCCGCAUCGACAGAGUAUGGCUGAAGUUCAUCAAGAUUAGAAACCCGGAUGAUGUCAUGAAAAGGAUGAUGAACCGCGGUAUUCUCAACAGUGACGAAAUAAGGACUGUCAACGAAAAUAAAUACAAGGAGCAGAAAAUGUACAGUCUUGGUGAUGUCCUGGGGAAGAAGAACGGAAGAAAUCUGCCCCUCAUAUCUAGAUGCCUCCUUGAGGUUGGCCAUCGACCUAUCGCUGAGGAGCUCCUCCACUCCUCUAAAGUAGAGCUCGACGCUUACCUGGCUGGUUCAGACUUCAAGAUAUAUGGAGAAAAAAUUAUGCAUGUCCUGGAAGAAGGAAAGGCCAGUUUACUGGAGGUGAAGCGCGUGCUUGAUAGCCGGGAGUCAGGUGAGGGAAUGAACAAAUUGAAGGACAUGGUUGAGUGUUUGAAGAAAUCCGAAGAGGAAAGGAUGGACCAACUGAAGAGCAUGGCUGAUAGCUUUGAGAAAUCUGGAGGAGAAAUAAUGGAACGAUUGCAGUGUGUAGCUAACGAUUUGAAGAAAUCGGAAGGUGAAGGAGGGCAACUAUUGACAAGCAUGAUUGAUAGUUUGAAGAAAUCCGAAGAAGAAAGGAUGAAAGAUAUGAAGAGGGUGAUAGAUCUUUCGGAGAAUUCGGAAGGAAAAAAGAUGGGCCAGAGUAUUUUCGAUAAGACGGUCGAAAUUAGCACGAAGGUUGACAAGCUGCUGCUCAUCAGGCCUGAAGCUGAAGAUGGUCCUCUCUCAGAAAUACUGAAGGAACUGGGAAAUGUUGGCAAGGAAAAGGACCAGGAGAUAAAGGUGCUGAAAGAGCAGCUCCUGAACAUGUCGAAGACUUUGACUGAAGUGGAAGGACGGAGAGCAAAGAGCGAGGACAUAAGUAAAAGACUUGAGAAGCGACUUCAAAGGGAGCAGUCCAUGCGUCAAAAGAGGGAAGCAGAACUCAAUGACGCCAAGACUCAGGCUGAAGAGAUGCAGAUUCAGAGCGAGAACCAAUCAAAGACACUGGCUAAGGAAAAGGAGGAGAAGGCAAGGCAGUUUACGGAGCUGAAGGCACAACAGGAGACUCAAAGGCAUGCAUUUGAGGAGCAACUCAAAAGGGAGGAGUUCAUCCGCCAAGAGAGAGAGAUGGAGCUCAACAAAACCAAAGUUGAGGUCUGUCAUUCAAGGUUAGAGUGGUAA